AUGGUGGACAGAGUGGCUGGAAUCCCAGUAUGGAUCUCUAUCGUAACAUUGAUGGGCGUUGUAGUAAUCUAUACAAUAAUUGGAGGUUUCCAAGCAGUCGUCUGGACAGACGUUUUCCAAGCCUUCUUCAUGUUUGGCGGUAUAUUUGCCAUCCUUAUCAAGGGUACAAUAGAGGCAGGUGGACUGACCAAAACAUGGACCAUAAUAACAGAAAAGGGAAGAGUCAACCUACUGAACUUUGAUCCUGAUCCAACCCUGCGUCAGUCAUUUUGGAGUUUGAUGAUCGGUGGUAUUACAAGUGGACUUGAACUACAGUUUAGUCAGGCGACUUUCCAAAGAAUAAAAGCAACACCGACAUUAUCAACGACUAAAAGAAUGUUUAUUCUAGCUUCGGUAUUGUCUUUGUUGAUCUCUGGUCUGGCGGUAAUUGAGGGCGGUGUCAUGUUCGCCUUCUACCAUUCAAAGAGCUGCGACCCUCUUGAAGCCAAGCAAGUUCUUAAUGAGAACCAGCUGAUAGCUAAAAUGGUACGAGACAUAUUCCACGACACGCCUUGUCUACCAGGGCUGUUUCUUGCGGCUGUUUUUAGUGCAUCUCUGAGUACAAUGUCGUCACUGUUAAACUGCCUAUCCGCGAUUUUCUGGGAGGAUAUUGUCAAACGCCAUACGAAACCGAUGUCGGAGAAAAAAGCAGUUUUGAUUACACAGUCGUCGGUCUUACUAUUUGGAGGCCUGGCUGUAUGUUUAGCCUUUGGUAUAUCUGGAAUUGAAGGUCCUGUGUCAAGGAUACUCGAUAUAACUGGAGCUUGUUUAUCUGGUACCCUUAUAGGACUGUUCCUACUUGGUAUGUUCGUGCCAAGAGCAAAUUCAUUGGGUGCUUUAGUUGGUGGACUGGCCUGCUUCCUUUUCAUUGGCUGGAUCUCUCUUGGAAAGUUGAUUUCGUCGGGUGUCCGUGUUAAUGUCAAAUUAGAGUCCGCAUCAACAGAAAGAUGUCCACAACUGGAUACUUCUCUGAUCACAAAUUAUACAACUACAUACAACCAGACAUCAACCAUUACGAUGCAGGAUGUCACAGAUCUGACAUUACAGACAAACCAAACACUCAUAUUUUCUGAACCACAAGGCCUGGAUAUUCUCUACUCCAUAUCCUACAAAUGGUUACUGCCACUUGGUAUAGUUUUGGUUUUCUCCGUCGGAUCACUUGCCAGCCGUCUACAAGCUCAGACGCCGGUAGAUCCGCUGUAUUACGUCCCAGUUUGUGAUUACCUGAAUGACUACAUUUGUGCACCAAUCAGAAGAAUAUUUGGAUGUGACGUAAAAUAUUCUGCCACUGAUACGACUGAAGAUGGAACAGCUGUGAAUGAACUGAUAGAGGCGGCACCUACAAACGGAAAUACAAUUAUAUAA